AAUAAUAACUUUUAAAUAGAAAAAAAUAAAAUACCACCACAAGAAAUAAACAGGAGAAUGGUUGUCGCAAAGUCGGAGAGUGACCCUUUGUGGCUUGGAUAUUCCGGUGACGUUGCGGCGGCGGAGUUCUGCUUAUCUGGGAAAAUGGAUAGCAAGGAGGAAAGUGAAAAAUUGAAGAGAUAUGAAGCUGAGUAUGCCAAUUACUUAAAAUCUAAAUAUUUCUCACAUCAAAAUAUUUAUGGAGGUGAGAUUUUUGAAGAGAAGGCAACUAUAGAUGGGAUGACUAUCAGGGCAGGCAGUGAGCCAGGCACAAAAUCUUAUGCUGACCCACUUGCCUUUUGGAAUGAAAAGUUCGGCAACAGAAAGCUUGAAACGGAAACAACUACCAACCUUUCGAAUGGAAAGCACUCUGUUAAGAAGAGUUCAUAACUUUUGUAGGCUAUAUGGUGUAGAACUGCAACUAAUAUUUCUGUAAAUCUGUGCAUGAUUUUAGUCAUGCAUAUUUGACCAUCUUAUUGUACUCGUGAACUUGCAGUUUCUAAUGAUACCCAGGAGAUGUGCUCAACCUUGUGGUGCUAUUGAAUUUACUGGGUGCUGGUUUUCAUAUGCUUCUAAUUCAUGUUACUGUUGAAAUUGCAUUACUGUUUUUGUCUCA